UUCAGCUACACACGUCUCCCCGCCCUGAAGCAUUCGAUAUUUGAAACUUUUGCGUAAACACCACAGUUUCAAUUUUCACCUCACUUUAUUAUUGUUUAUGAAAAUUGCUUGCAUUGCUUUCUAUCUGAUUUUAAUUGUUUUAUUAGACGUUUGGUGUCUGUGUAAAGUGUCAAAAUAGGUGUUCAAGAAAGCUCGUUGUCGCGAAAUGCUCAGUUUCUUGGUGUAAAUGCGUGCAACGAAGCCACUCUGAAUUGGACAUUAUGCUAUUACCAUAUCAAGAGGCUGUUAGGCAUACUCAUGCCAUAUUAUGAUGACAUGGCCGUGGAUAACAGCAUGAAUUUUACCCUAAAUGCAUCAGCAAAAUGGUUAAUCCAGGCAUCGCUGGGCGUUGAGGACCCUAACACUCUUCUAGACAAAUUUUCACAGAACAGAAAGGUUGAUGACCCGACUAGAUCUUUACUUCUUACAUUUUAUGGUAUCCUGGUAGUUAUCGGAGCUGUUGGGAAUGCACUUGUUGUUCUAUCUGUGGUCAGGAAGCCGGCGAUGCGUACUGCUCGCAACAUGUUCAUAGUAAACCUAGCAGUAUCUGACACCCUGGUAUGCUGUGUCGGUACUCCCCUUACUCUUAUGGAGCUGCUGACUAAGCAUUGGCCCUUACCAGACUGGCCGGGGUUAUGCAAAGCGUGCGGCGCAAUUCAAGCAAUAUCAAUAUUUGUAUCGACAAUAUCGAUCACGGCGAUUGCUUUGGACAGGUAUCAGCUCAUUGUAUAUCCAACACGACAAGGACUUCAGACCAUGGGUGCUCUCAUAACCAUGUUCAUCAUCUGGGUGACAGCUUUCGCACUUGCCUCGCCCCUCUACAUCUUCAGAAGUCUAAAGACACAUAAAGUCGGCCUCAUUGGUAUGGACAUCCUCAGCUUCUGCAUAGAAGACUGGCCAAUCGCUAAUGGAAGAGCAAUCUACUCUUUCUUUAGUCUCAUCUUCCAAUACGUACUACCUGUUCUUGUAGUUGUGGUUGCACAUGUUCAAAUACAUAGACGACUUCGUGGAAGACGAAGAACGACUCGAAAAACACCAGCGAUACUCAUAGCUAUUGCCGUGACUUACGUUAUAAGUUGGUUGCCUUUGAAUGUUUUUAACCUCGUUGCAGAUUUUAGUCAAGACGCCAUUCUAGACGAGAAAACCUUAACGAUAACUUAUGCUAUCUGCCAUAUGUUUGGAAUGUCCAGUGCAGUAUCUAACCCAUUACUCUAUGGUUGGUUGAAUGAUAAUUUCAGAAAAGAGUUUGAAGAGAUUCUCUGUUGUGGUCGAAAAAAAGGACAGACUAUAGAGAAGCUAAGAGCAAAGAAUAAGAAAAUGGAUACUGAACUGACAGCAUUGGCACAGAUAGAACAUACAGUUACGGCAAAUACAAAAACAUCUCAGUGCUCUCAAAUUUUCUGACUAAAGUCAUGUUUUAAGUAGCAUGAAAGUAUUGAAAUGCAAAGCAUAUGAACUUAGUCAAUUUAAAGUGACUUUUAUAAAAGCUAAAACCUUUAUAUAAUUUAGGAAAGUCUGUUAAGUUUUUAAUUACAACAUAAAAGGGAAAGAAACAAAUAUCUAAACUUUGACUAUAGCUUUUGUUUGUAUAGUGUAUUAUAGGUUUAAGUAUAUACAAUUAUAUAACUUAAAUAGUUUGUAAUUGCUAUUGUAUAUAUAUCUGUAAAUAUUGUCUUGUUAAGCAAUUCACGUUUUUUUGAGCCCAAAACGUAAAUUGCUCUGUAGUCUCAUAACUACCUAGAUAAGUAUAAA